AUGUCUGCACUUUUGGAGGAUAUUUUCGACGUGAAAGAUGUGGACAAGGAUGGAAAGAAGUUUGACAAAGUUUCCCGUCUAUUUUGUGAGAGCGAAUCUUUUAAAAUGGGCUUAAUCCUGGACAUUCAUGCAUUGAUUUACCGAUUGGUCAAAGGAGACAAGUUUCGGAUGGUACUGACGAAGAAUCUUCUCAAUGAUAUGAUAACGGAUGCUGAAGAUGACGAUGAAGAUGAUGCCGCUGAAGAAACCGAUGAGCGUCUAGCCAACAGCAAGAUGGCAGAGUUCGACUACGUUUGUUACGGAAAGAUUUACAGGAUAGAGGCACACGACAGCGGAGUUGAUGCGAGUCGACUAUCCUGUUAUGUUUCGUUCGGUGGUCUACUGAUGCAACUAACGGGAGAUGCAAGCAAUUUACAGGGAUUUCGCGUUGGCAAACAUUUGUAUCUCAUGAUAAAGAAGCUCGCUUUU